UACAGAGCUAAGGUCAUUUCUUAAAAUAACCCAAUGUUCAAGGCUUUUGGUUCAGCCAUCAAACAAUGACUCCCAGUUGAAAUAUUUUUUGAUUAGUCGUGUUUUCUACCCAUUGUGUUCCGCAUUUCUAUCUUCCAUCAUAAACAUCAGUACAGAGAGAGUUAACGGGUGUUUGGUCCUUGGGUAGUUCGUUCAGAGCUUCUGUACGUGAAUGGCUGUGACGCCUUUCUUCAAUUUACGCAACUUAGUCCUGAACAAGUGCAAUAAUUUUUUACUUCCUGGAUCAUCCCGAGAUAAGUGCUACAAGUUUUUGCUCGAUGGCUACUUUGUCGGAUUCAUCCACCCAAUGUUUUUGGAUUGGUUAUUGAAAUAUGCAAAUGUUUUUGUGAAGAUUUCUCAUCCGCAACACGGUGAUCACUGUAUUACAGUGCACCAGGCCAUGAUAAAUGUGAAUGACCGCAGCAAUGCAGUGGCAGAAGUAAUGCAAGAUUUGCGGACCACAAGUCCUUUCAAGGCUCUAAAAGGAUGGAGAAACGAGGACUAUGGCGUUUACAUUCAUAACCGUGAAAAAGUAUUAUUAAAAAUUGAACGUUCAGCAUCGAGUCUUCUGGGUAUUACACGAUAUGGCGUACACGUAAAUGGUUUCUUCUCAAAUCGAUACAACUACUCUAAAAAGCCUGAUCGAAUCGUUAAUGGCAGCUCACGUAAUUCCAAUGAUUCUAAUUCUCUCGCUCAAAUUGAUCCGGACAAUGUUUUUAUGUGGCUCGGUUUACGAUCAAUAAACAAACCUACAUCUCCUGGAAUGCUCGAUAAUAUGGCUGCUGGAGGUUUAACAUAUGGUCUAGAUGUAAUGGAAUGUGCUCGUAAAGAGUGUCAAGAGGAAGCAAGCGUACCAGAGCAUAUGCUUGGUAAACUAACCCUUGUAAAUCAAAUCAGUUAUAUUUUUGAAGAUGAGCGCGGUGUUUGCCCACAAAUUGAAUAUUGUUUCGAUCUGGAAUUACCACCAGAUUUUAUCCCUGUUAGCUCUGAUGGUGAAGUGGAUAGUUUCCGAUUAGCCAGUAUAUCAGAGAUUAAACAACUAAUAUUUGAAGAACACUUCAAAUCAAAUUCUGCUAUGGUUGCCUUGGACUUUUUGUACAGACAUAAAUUUAUCGACAAAGACUCAGAUCCCAGGCAUGCAGAAGUGCAAUCCUUGAUGCAUGUUAACUUACCAUUUGAUUAAUUGCAUUUGUGAAUACGGUUUUCAUCUAUCAACGUCAUUGUUUCAAAAUCAAAAACCCUCCAACUUCUAUACAUUCGAUUAUUUUCCAGUAGAAAUUAAUUAUUUCUAACUUAGUUAUUUUCUUUGUAUUAUAAGUGGUAUUCAUCAUUGGCUAACGGUAAAGACUUUAUUCUAGUUUCAAAUCUUAAGCAGAGUUUAUUAUAAAAAAUAUACACCUUUCAAAUAGCUAUCCUUCUCAUUUAAUUUUCCUAACAGAUAAUUUUACUAAAUCAGUCUAUUUCUUUGCAUAAAUAAUGUCUGUUUACUAGUUGGUGUUCCUUUUUUCUCAUUUUGUUUUUGGGAAACGAAUAUUUGUGCUUAUGGUUAAAUGUUUUCUUUUUAGCUUAUUAUUUACAAUAAUUGAUUUGCAGAAAUUA